AUGAGCGGAAACAAUCUUCAAUCCUAUGCCAACAAACUCAAAACAAAACUCGGACUGCAGAGGAAUAACAGCAUGGAAAAGUCCAUCAUCGUCCCUGGUUCUCAAGUCUUGUCAGACAAUAAUUCCACAUCAUCAUCAUCGACUACUUUGGGAACGAAUACUUCUACUAAUAAUCAUUCCACCUCAUCAUCAAAUAUCAACAAUAUCACCAAUCAUACUUCGUCAGGUCAACAACAGUUUUUAACUUCCAAAUCAUCAUCGGCUUUAAAUUUACACUCCAAUGGUAAUUCAUCAUCAUCAGUCAUUCCUCCUCUCAAACCUCCUAUAGAAAUUGUUCCCGAAUUUUAUCACAUCUAUGAUGAGCAUCAAGAAUCGAUGGAGUUUUAUAAAAAGGCAGAAAAGAAGUUGGUCGAUCUCAAAAAGACGUCUCUCAAAAUGAUUGAAAAGGAGCAGGAAGUGGCGUCACUUUUUGUGGAUGCUGCUGGUAGACUCAAAUCGAAUCGAGAAUUGUCAGAUACUUUGAGAAAGUUUGGAAAUAAUUUGAAAUCCACAUCCACCUUGUUGUCACAAGCUAUGACCAAACUUGAUGAUUUUAAGGAAGCAACAGUGUCCAUUAGAGAAGAUGGAAAGAAUGUUGUCAAAUUCAAAAACAAAUAUGAAUCUGCUAAAAGUGAAUAUGAAUCUUUCAAACUGGACACACCUCGUGUGAAUCCAGACAAGGAUGGAUUUACUUCCAAGCCCAAUGAAAAUGGAGAAUAUGAUCCUCAAUAUGUGGAGAGAACUAAAAAAGUGGAAGAAGAAUUCAAACAAACGGCCAAAAAUCUUAAUGCUGCAUACUCGGAUUAUCACAACGAGUUGGACUUUCAAAUUGCAAAACGAGAUGGAGAAUAUUUCUCUGAACUUAAAUCCUUUAUUUAUGCUUAUUAUUGCUAUUUUAGUACAGGAAUGGCACUCUUUGAAAAGUUGGAUCAUAUUGUGAAAAAACAAGAAGAGGAAAUUCAUAUGGAAACUUCAAAAUCCAAUGGUACACGUCAUGUCGUCGAAGUUCCCAAGCAUGUAUUCCCUCAUAUUACUGCAGAUCGAAAGACAAUCUUUGGUGCACCAUUAGAACAAGUCAUGAUUCAAGAUUAUGAUUCUGGAAUUCUUCGACUUCCUCCAGCCAUUCAACAACUCUUUGAUUUGAUUCGAGAGUAUGGACUCGAUCAAGAAGGUGUUUUUAGAGUGAAUUCGGAUGAACAAUUUAUGAAAAAACUCAUAUUAGAUAUUGAAAUGGGAAAACCCAUUGAAUAUCUCAACAAGUCCUACUUUGUCCCAAGUGUUGCAGGUAUUUUAAAGCUAUUCAUUAGAGAAUUACAAGAACCUUUAAUGACAUUUGAAGCCUUCUCAGAAAUUAUUCAAUGCCCUGAAAUGCAAAUUCAAAACGAUCCCACUGUGAAGGAACAACAAGUUGAAAAACUUAAGAAUUUUAUCAACAACAAGGUUCCUAUUCACUUUCAAGUCGUACUCUAUGAAUUAUUAAAGUUGUUGCAUGAAGUUGCACAACAAGAAGAAAAGAACAAGAUGCAUGCUAUCAAUCUUGCAUUGAUUUUCAGUAUGAAUUUGUUCAGACCAAGACUAGAAAAUGCAGUACAAAUAGCACAAAAUGUGAAACAUAUGAGUUAUGUGACAUGUCUUCUCAUUGAAAACUUUAAUGCACUCUUUGAUAACUCACUGAAGAAGGUUUGUGACACUGAAGUGAAAGAUCCUUAUGAAAGUAUAAGAAAACAUGAAGAAAUAAUUCCAGAAGAGAAUCGAACAUUAGCUUCACAUCAACCUUCUAAAAGUGUGGAAGUGACUGUUGUUAAUUUCACAAAUGACGACAAUGAUGUUAAUACUGAUACGGAAGAUGAUGAUGAUGAUGAUUCUGAAACCUCUUCUAAUAACUCGAUCAACUCUGAUUCAUCUCCUGUAUUAACUUUCUCGGAUUUACCAAAUUUACGUGUUUGUGACAUUUCUUCACCAAAACAACUCCUGGACAAGACUGUGAAAUAUCAACACAAACAUAUCACAUCCAAUGAUAAUAUCACUCUAAUUCUCAAACCUGCCAAAGAUCAAUCCAAACAACCUUCCUCUCCAAGAAUUCAAAAAACUAGUCACAAUGUCGAUAAGGAAGAUGAUCAAGACAUCAUUCAAGAAGAUCUUGAAUUUUCAAGCAAUGUCACUCCUACUUUUAUUUCUGAUGCCCGAAUGAAAUCACUGCUUCCUCCUCAGAGAAGAAUGUUAAAACGAGUUGAAAAAAAGAAUAGGUGUGACCUGAAUCAGCAAGGAACAGCAGUGAAGGUUCAAAACGAUACCCAAUAG